CCAUGAUCCCAGAGGAUUAAAGCUUAGUCUCUCGGGCUUCAUAGCGGUUCCAAAUGAGGGGAAUUGAGUGCUAAGCAGGAUAUGCACAUUACAUUCGUUGCAUGAUAGCUAACUUGCCCUUGGAUCCGGAGGGUAUCCCAUCAUUUAUUAGUUGCUCGCGUUGUCAUUUCUUAUCAGUAAACAUGGCAGCUACAUUAACUUCCUCUUUUGACAUCAUGGACUUGAUGCAAUACUGCUUGUCAGAUAGAUAAGAAUGAGCAUCAACCCCUGGAUGUCCAGAGAUCGCCUCAUCCCCGAAUGCCGUUAGCUAGAAGCUUGACCUCCCAUUGACGUCACAGCAAUGUCUCUCCAUCUCCGCAUGCCGACGCGAAUACUCCAGCUUCACUUAACAAGAAUCCUGACUCCCCGAUAAUCAACUUCUCUAUACACAUUUAGACCAUCAGUCUGUUACAGCUCUACACUUUGCCUCGGAUACGAAAUCAUGGCAUCCGGUCUUCUCAGCAGUUUCGCUCGAACCUCCACUGUCCUCGGCGUCGGUCUCGGCCUGUCCCUCUCCCUACACCCCUUGUCCCCAUUCCGUGCUUCCCCAAUGCAAUGCCAAUACUCCGCUCCAUACUACAGACUCGACUCGCAAACAAGCUCAGAGUCCGGCUGGACACUCGACCGCAACGACCCGGCCAUCGCCAAGCAGGGGCGGACGGGCCCCCGCGCGGCAUCCGGUAUUCUGACCGCUUCCAAUAUGCGCCAGGUGAGCUUGGGAAGUGUGCUUGGGCUUGUGGUGGGAGCGUUGGUUGUGCUGCUGGGAAUGGGGAUUGUCCUGAUUGAGUGGGCUGCUUCGAAAGGAUACAAUAUCCUCCCUUUUCGGACGAUACAGAAGUAUGUCAAAUCGGUGGAUGUACAGAAGGCUGUGACGCAGCAUAUGCCGUUUAAGAUGAGUUUUGGGGCCACGAUGGCACUGGCUGCGUUUGCGCAGUUCUAAAUGGAGGAACAAACAUACAGGACGACCGAGGUUUUCUUGAUCGGAUUCGCGUUGUGUAAAAUACUCAGGGAGAGAAAAGAGAACGGCUUGGUGUUUGAGCAGAGACGAGCCUUCGAAAUGGGCUUCAUCAGUUAUGUCCCUCAAUUGUGAUAUACAGUGCUAUACAGGGGUAUCAUGAGUUAUGCAAAGACACCACAUUA